AAGUGGUAUCCGUCAGGCUUGCAGGAUGUGGAGAGAGGGGUGGGAGAGACGCCGUGCGUCGAGACGCCUCGGUCCGCUCAGUCACCGCCCAGACCGCGCCGCGAACGAUUCAUCCGUCGUGACUUUCGCGUGUUCACGCCGGAUCUCGUGUCAGUGACUUUCGUUGUCUUUAAUUGUCACUUAAUCACCGUCUCUGUCUCGCGAAUGAAUCUUAACUCUCGGUACUCCGAUAUUGUACGUCUUAGCCACGUGUUGGCGCUUUAUCGUCGAUUUUCAUUCAAAGAUUGCGGCUACCGGUGGCCCCGGUUAGAACCGCGUUGAUCCAGGCGUCGCGUGACCGUGUGAUCUACCCGCGUCGAACAGUGAUUCCCUCGCAUCGAUCACGUGAACUGCAGUGUAAGUUAGAAGUGGUGCCGUGGUGGAGUCGGCUGGAACGCAUCCUGCGGAAAGCGGUUUCCUCUGGAGGCACUCAGAAAGCAAUCAAGAUCCAUCGCUGCCCGGAAAUGCCAGAAAGUCAAGGUGAGACGAGGACGUGAGGGCUGAUCCGAUGAAUGGGGCUCAGCUCUGGCACAGUUUUCCACCGAGGGAAAUCAUGACAGGAACAUACCGACGAUCGAAAGCGCGUACGAAGAUGAGGAGCAUGGCGCCAGGGGCGCGAGAUCCCCUGGUGAAAGUGGUCUCGGCGAAGAAAUCGGUGCUCCUGACGAUGAUUGCGCAGAUCUACCUUUGAGGAUGGAUAUUAACACGAUCAGGGGGGGUUGGAACUCGGGCGCGAGGAGCGGUUUCCUACGGGGCAUCGGGCAGCGCGUGAGCUUCGACCCCGAGGCACCGCCGCUGCCGCCGCAACCUGCAAGAAAGGUCGAUGAAAAGGUCAAGAGGCACAGUAUCCACGGCAUGAUAGAGGAAGAGAACGUGGUGAGACCGCACCAGGAAAUGGCUAGUCUGUCCUAUCAAGAGAAGAAGUACCUUCUCGCGGUGGAACGUGGAGAUGUUGCUUCUGUCAGAAGGAUGUUGCAGAGUGCUCACGAAACCGAAAUGAACAUCAACUGCGUGGAUCCAUUGGGACGUUCGGCGCUUCUAAUGGCGAUCGAUAAUGAAAAUCUGGAAAUGGUGGAGCUGCUGAUCGAGCAUAAAGUCGACACGAAGGACGCGUUGCUUCAUGCCAUCUCCGAGGAAUUCGUCGAAGCGGUCGAGGUACUUCUGGAACACGAGGAAAGUCUUCAUCGAAACGGGGAGCCACACGUUAGUCGCUUUCAUCGUCUAGUAUAUAGCUGGGAAGCGCUGCCAUCGGACACCGCAACCUUCACACCAGACAUUACACCCCUAAUCUUAGCCGCUCAUAGGGAUAACUACGAGAUCAUUAAGAUCCUGCUGGACCGCGGAUCCACGUUACCUAUGCCACACGAUGUUCGUUGCGGGUGCGACGAGUGUGUAACAUCGAGGAGAGAGGAUUCUCUGAGGCAUUCCAGGAGCCGAAUAAACGCAUACAGAGCUCUAGCAUCGCCGUCCUUGAUCGCUCUUUCCUCAAAGGAUCCCAUCCUAACUGCGUUCGAGCUCUCUUGGGAACUUCGGCGACUCUCGUUCCUCGAGCACGAGUUUAAGUGCGAAUACCAGGAGCUUAGAAGACAAUGCCAAGACUUUGCUACUGCUUUACUGGAUCACACUAGAAGUUCCUACGAGCUGGAGGUGCUCCUAAAUCACGAUCCCACCGGGCCAGCGUUCGAGCACGGCGAAAGGAUGCAUCUGAACCGGCUGAAACUCGCUAUUAAACUUCGGCAGAAGAAGUUCGUGGCGCAUCCCAACGUGCAGCAGUUACUCGCAUCGAUUUGGUACGAAGGUCUUCCAGGCUUCCGAAGGAAAAACAUGGUCCUCCAGGCGCUGGAGAUCGUCAGGAUCGGCGUCCUCUUUCCUUUCUUCAGCGUUGCAUACAUCAUCGCGCCCCACAGCGUGGUCGGCCAGACCAUGAGGAAACCGUUCAUCAAGUUCAUCUGUCACUCGGCCUCGUAUUUCACUUUUCUUUUCAUGUUGAUUCUGGCUAGUCAAAGGAUAGAAAGCGUGAUCGGGAACUGGAUGGGUCACGAUGUCAUAGAGCACGAACCAGCACCGACGAAAAGAGGCGCUGCUCCAACGAUAGUCGAAUGGUUCAUCCUGGCCUGGGUAUCCGGACUGAUUUGGUCCGAAGUGAAGCAGCUGUGGGACGUCGGCCUCGAGGAGUACGUGAACGACAUGUGGAACGUGAUCGACUUCGUUACCAACUCCUUAUACGUAGCUACGGCCGCGCUCAGGGUGGUCGCUUACUACAGGGUGCAAAAAGAAACCCAGAAGUCCGGAUCCAUGAUCGAGCUGCAACGCGAACAAUGGGAUACGUGGGAUCCAAUGCUCAUAUCCGAGGGCCUUUUCUCCGCCGCCAAUAUAUUCAGCUCUCUGAAACUCGUCUACAUUUUCUCCGUAAAUCCUCACCUCGGUCCACUGCAAGUCUCCCUGUCUAGGAUGGUAAUGGACAUCAUGAAGUUCUUCUUCCUCUAUGUGCUGGUGCUAUUCGCCUUCUCCUGCGGUCUAAACCAGCUGCUAUGGUACUACGCGGAUAUGGAGAAGAAACGGUGCCCGACCGCGAUGGCUUAUUCUGGUAACACCAACGUCACGACCGAUUCGAACGCUUGCAUCGUUUGGCGUAGAUUUGCAAAUUUGUUCGAAACCGCUCAAACGCUAUUCUGGGCCGUGUUCGGACUAGUCGACCUCGAGAGCUUCGAACUGGAUGGCAUUAAAGCGUUCACCAGGUUCUGGGGCAUGCUGAUGUUCGGCACGUACUCGGUGAUCAACAUCGUCGUACUAUUGAAUCUAUUAAUCGCCAUGAUGAACCAUUCCUAUCAGUUGAUCUCUGAACGUGCCGAUAUCGAAUGGAAGUUCGCCAGGAGCAAACUCUGGAUCAGCUAUUUCGAGGAGGGUGGCACGGCUCCACCACCGUUUAACAUCAUCCCGACUCCGAAGAGCGUUUGGUACAUGGGCCAGUGGUUGUAUCGCAAGCUGUGUGGCCAUAGCAGAGCUGCCAAGAAGGAGCACAUGAGAACGAUCAGAAGAAAAGUUAAGCAAGCAUCGGAAAGAGACUUUAGGUAUCAAAGUAUUAUGAGGAAUUUGGUGAGAAGGUAUGUGACGGUGGAGCAAAGGAAAGCGGAGAGCGAGGGUGUAACAGAAGACGACGUGAACGAGAUUAAACAAGAUAUCAGCGCUCUGAGAUGCGAAUUGAUCGAGAUUUUAAAGAAUUCCGGCAUGAACACGUCCACAGCCAGUGGCGCUGGAACUGACGGUAGCCUUAAAGAGCUGUCCAUAGGUGCGGGGGGUAAGAAGAAUCGUCAGAAGGAGCGACGUCUAAUGAAGGGAUUCAAUAUCGCCCCUCAACCCAGUGGAAGUGGCAGUCUACCGCCGGUUGACGAAUUUACAGCGUCGCUGCAACAAGUGCAACAGGAAAACUCCCACGAGAUAUUUGGUUCGACCUUGAGCGGGAUAUUUGGACCAGGCGCCACACCAAAGAAGAGUCCACAUCACACCAGUACUAACAGCGUUCCGGGACUCGGUACGAGCAGACAGAGUCGCAGAAUUAGGGGAAGUUCGAAGAAGAAGAGGUGGGAAAACCUUAUCGAGGCAGCUAAAGUUCGAGGAAGAGUCUCGAGGCUAAUUGGUAGAUCUCGUUCAGAGGAUUCCGUGUACUCGCCUGCUUCCGAAGAUGGCGGUUCAAGAUCGGAAGGAUCGACGGACUCAAAAUCAUCAUUGGAGACCCCUGGACCCGAAGUCCAGGCCACGCACCAUUCUCAUCACGCGCAUCAUUCGCAUCAUCACGAGGGACAUCACAUGUUCGCUCAUGGCCUAGGCGCGCUGGUAGCACUCCGAAAGAAACGAAAGAACUUCUCAGACUCCAGGGCGAGUUCGGGAAUGAGAAGCAGCAGCGGUACGAAUCCGAUGUACCCGAUCACCUCGGUUCUCGUUUCGAAAGUAUCGAAGAAACAACAACUACAGAGAGCCAGCAGCGUACCUGCUAGAGGACCGGAAUUGGGCCAACAGCCGAUUCCACCGAGGAGACACGAAGGCACGCAAAGUCAGCAGCCUAGUAUCGACACACCUGAGGGUGUCAACGCUAACGAGCAACCUGUGGUUCCGGCUGCUCCGCUGACACCAUCAACGACGGAGGAGAGCGUGGUCGCGAGCAGUUCUCUCCCAGCGACCAUGAAAAGGAACGGAUCAGCGACGCAGCUACAGCGGCUUCCGGGUAUCGAGCCGAUAUCCGGUCACGAUGUAUCCGGAGGAUGGCUCUGAGAAGAUUCAACGAUCUCUCCGCAGCAACGUAUCACGUACUGCAAUCGAUAUUUGCGCGUAGACGAGUUGCAUUUCUACUGACCAGCAAAGGCUGGAACGACGACAUCGAUCGCGAAAGAGGAUCGCGUAAGAUCGCGUGGUCGUCGGCACACGCACAAUGAUGCCUUUUUGGCGACGACGCAUUUCGCCGAGACAAAAGAAACUAUAUAGAUAUAUAUGUACAUGUAUUAUUUAAUAAGCGACGUCGCCCGUGAAUCUCGAGCAACGCCAACUCGUCGACCCAUAACGGCCCCCUUUACUUCGAUGUUUCGUGGGAGAGGAAGAGAAUGGGAGAGAGCCUAACUAUAACUUUAAUACGAGCGUCUUUCACCUAACGCGCCAACUUUCUCGUUUCCGGGGAAGAUUAACUUUCGCGGCGCUUUAUGUCGCUCUGAGAAACAAAGUUUCUGAACACGUUACAGACCGAAAACGCGCAGCGUUUAUCCUUCAGAGAAAAAAUGUUUCCCCGAAAAAACAUCGCGAAGAUUUUCAUUAAAAUUGUCCAAGUUUCCUCGCGUCGGUCGCGUCGAUCUAUAUCGCGUUCCUAAUGAUCAUACCGACGUAACUUAUCAUUUUCACGUGCUCACGCCAUCGGAGUUAAUCUCAUUGUCGUCCGUGCGUAAACAUUAUCAGCGAUGAUUUUAUACCGUGAGAACGACGAUCGGAACAGAUGAUACUUCCACGGAGACGAUUUCGAUCCGUUCCGUAUCGUCUAACGACCUACUAUUACUAUACUGUUAUUACUAUUGCUACUACUGCCAGAACGGAAGGGGCAAGUGGGUCGACGAUAACUAACCUAGUCAGCACUAGUCGGACGAUCUCAUACGAAAGAAGAGGAUUGCGACGAUCGGUAGUUGCGUUAACAUUUUACGGACGAUUAUAAUUAACUCGGAAAAACUGGAAGAAUCGUUAUCGUCGUUCACGUUAAUGGACUGGCGAACAUGUCGAAUAUAUGCAUGCCGCUUCAGGAAGCUGGUCUGCUGAAGAUCGGUGCUCUUUUACAAUCUUCUCCCAUUUUUUAAUUCAACUAGUCAUCUAUUACUGCUUUAUUUUAUCAUUCAACGAACUCUAGUCAAUGAUCCGUACUCGAACGUAUAGUAUAUUUUUUUCUUUUUAUCUUACUCUUUUAUUCUGACGAAGAAGCGAUUAUCAUAGGGGAAAGGAAGGAAGUGAUCGAAAUUUAGGAUACGUUUCUCCCGGUCGAUAUUCGUUUCCGGAAUUUCUAACAACUAUUGUAGAAUCUGCUGACAGCGAUAAAACGGACGGCCGAAUUGCACGAAUCGAAAAACUUCGAACACGACGAUUUCUUUUCUUCCCAUUGACAAAAGGGAAGCGUAUUCUAGCAAAGACGAUUUGCUGCGUCCGCGGUAAUCCUUUUUCCUUUAUUAGCGGUUUACGAAGCAGGGAGGACGAGAUAAAUGUGUCACGACCAAAACAGAACGAGCCGUAGCGUAGUCGAGUAGAGGCCUAAAACAGAUUAAGAUCCGUACUACUUCCUAGAUAUUACGUGUACGUAUGAUAAUAACUGUAAUUAAUGUGAACCCGGUGUCAGGAACGCGGAAGAGAAUCUCGUUAUCCAAAGGAUCCAUUCGAAUUUCCAUCGUCUUCGUAUCCUAUUUGAGUUCGCGAGCCUGACAGACCGUACGUAAUUACUAUACCGCAUACGUGUAUUAUUUAUGAGAUUAUUAUUGUAAAUGUAAAGUUAGAUGUCCACUUGGCAAACGUCGUAGUGAGUGUUAUCUUGUGAAGCGGUUAUCAUUGUAAAGAAACAAACAAAAAAAAAAAAGAAAAGAAAAGAAAAGAAAGAAGGAGAAAAAUAGAAACGCGAAGCAAGGUGAGAAAGAAGCAUACAGUGGAACGAGAGUACACGCAAAACGGAACCAACGUUUUAUUAACGACCUAAGCCGGUUGAAACAAUAGAUCGUAACUCGAAGACGAAUCAUAGAAUUUAGCGGAAUUUUUUAACGAUCGAAAUUAAUAUCGUUUCCGAUAGCACAGCAUUCAUCAUCAGAAGUCAGAUAUUUUAUAGAGAAUACGCGAUCUGUUAGAUCGGGGGCAAGAGUGCAGAAGUAUAGGAGACCUCGAGAUUAGCCAUUUUGCAGCGUUAUCGUUUCGUAAAUAUUUGUUGAGGCUUGAUUAAAAAUAUUUACAAAAAUUAUAAGAGUUUCGUAAAGAUAUACGAGUUUCUAUAACUGUCAGGGUACGAUUCGAAUUAUUGUAUAUCGAUGUUGAAGAAAAAGAAAGAUAUGUUUAACGGAUAAACGAUUAUUAUCGAAACUAAUUGAAAUUAAUAUUGAAAAAAGCUUAUGUGCUCGUUUUUGCGACAUGGCCUACUCUGGACGCGCAUGAGUUUCCCAUCGAACGUAUAAAACUCUUUCGGUUGCGAAUGUUUCGUUUGGCGCUGUUUGUUAAACGAAGAGACAAACAUAUUUGAACGCAAUGCGGGAGGUCCAUUUUUCGAUUACGUUCGUUUGCGAUCAUAGCCCAGCGUAUUUGAGUAACUCAAACUGAGAAUAGAGAGAUCACGAGUGACCAUUAAUAAAAUACCAUUUAUUCUGAUA